AUGUACCUGAAAGAGAAUGUCGUACCAGCAUUCCGCGCGAAACGUCCUGUUCCCUAUGCAUCAUUACCAGCCAUCGACGAAGAGCUCUCCAGAUCAGAACAGUCAGGAUUUCUAACACCUGUCAAUUUCUCAGACUGGGCAACACCCGUCGUAGCAGUAAGAAAGGCCAAUGGCAGUUUAAGAAUCUGUGCGGACUAUUCAACAGGUCUCAACGACGCGCUUCAACCGCAUCAUCAUCCUCUUCCACUUCCCGAGGAUAUUUUCAUCAAGCAUGCAGGUGGAAAGAUUUUCAGCCACAUAGACUUGUCGGAUACAUACUUGCAAGUAGAAAUUGAAGACGAAUUACGUUAUCUGGGUCACGAGUUAACGGGUGAUGGUUUACAACCCGAUCCAGAAAAGGCGAAGGCAAUCAUGACAAUGCCAGAACCUCAAAACAUCUCACAGCUUCGUUCGUGGGAGCAGUCAAUUUCUAUGGCCGUUUCAUCUCAAACAUAA